GUUGUCAUGAAUUGUAUGGAGUAUUGAGUGGUUUUGUUAUAACAAUAGCAGCGAUCACUCACUCACUCAACACAUUGUCUUUUGCCUCACAAUUCAAACUAUAUAUCAAUUUGUAUUUUGUGUCUCAAAUCGCAUGAAUGUAAUCACAGAAUAAGAGAUGUCUACACACGUGAUAAUUGUGUUAUUAGUGGUGAUUAACUUAAGACAUUUAACUGAAUCGCGAGUGACUUUAGCCGAGAACCUGCCGCAAGAGUACAGUGCACUCAAUGCCGGCAUAUCUGGCGAUAUGUCAUCGAAAUUAAACUCAAGAACUUUUCACACAAGAAGUUCCACACAAAACACCAGCACUUAUGCCAUGGAAGAGAGUGUGAGACAAUUGAGACAAUACUUCGGCGACCCCUCGCACAGGGAGGCGCCCACCUAUCAGUGCCAAUAUAUGGUCUCCUACUUCGGUCUAAUACUGUUUGAGUUCAUCAAAUGUAUUCUCAUUAACGAGAUUCCGGGCAAUAUUUGUUUGGGUUGCCCUCAGCAGUACACGGAUCUGAUCAGCGCUCACGAGGACCUCACCAAUGGGUCCGUUAGUAACUGUUCCGACGGCUUCAUCAACAAAGACAAACUCAAUCUGAUUCACAGUCUCUACAGCAGUGGUAUAUAUCAGUGGACUGAUGGCAACUGCGAUAACUGUUUCGGUGGUAAAGACGAGUACCAGAAUCUGGUCGUUCAUAACGACACUCAAUACUACUUCCAAUUAACUGAAGAACAUAUGCUGUGUCUGAACGGAUCCUUCGCGCGCAAUGACUCGUGCGUUGAAUGUAAGCAAUCGUUUCAAACGAUCAACGAUUACUACGAUUUGAUGGCAAAUAACUACUCAGACGGUGUCUGCAAUGAUAUCAUCGCAUCGAUGAAAGACAUUCGGAAGCAUUGGAGCGAAACCCUCGACUGUCCCACAGAUUUCAAGUCGGGUCUCUACUUAGGUUUGGUCGUCAUAUCAGUCGCUGUUUUGCCGCUU